GACAAGUCGAUGAUUAUCUAUCGCGAUUUCAUUAAGAUUCCACAGUCCAUCGGCGAGACAUGCUCAUUCUCCUGGUCUCCGGCUCAGCCAUUAAUCAAUCGAAGAAGAACAGUUGAGCUCGGCUGCAUCGAAUUGAUCUGGACCAUACAAGCAAUUUGGGAGACGAUCAGCCCUCUUUUCUCGAGCGCAUAAUGACGAUCUGGCCGCACGUCAUGACGCCCUCAUCUUCAUCCUCGAAGACUUUCGCACGCAAAGCCUGCCACACGACAUGGGCGAACGACCGACAUGGCUGACAGACGUGAUUGCCGCUUCAGGCGAACUGCUCGCGACUACGAUCUUCUUGUUGCUCGGCCUGGGAGGCAUUCAAGCGGCCGCGUUGGCCCAGAUGAACAGCAAUCCUCCACCAAGUGGCCUAACAGUCGAACAGCUUCUCUAUAUCGCGACUAGCAUGGGUCUCUCGCUGCUCUUCACCUGUUUCAUCUGGUUUCGCGUCACCGGCAGUGUCUGCAAUCCCAAUGUCGCACUAGCGCUCGUCUUGACCGGCGUGCUCACGCCGUUGCGAUUCGUGCUUUACGUCUUCGCCGAGAUUAUCGGCGCGAUCAUUGCUUCCGCGUUAUUGUCGGGCCUCUUGCCAGGCCCAUUGAUGGUCACCUCCACGCUAUCGCCCGGCGUGGGUCUCGCGCAAGGCAUCUUCAUCGAGGCCUUUGGCACAGCAGCACUUUGCUUGACCGUCAUGUUCGUAGCGGUAGAAAAACAUGCUGCCACGCCACUCGCGCCUGUCGCUAUCGGUCUUACACUGUUCGCGAUCCAUCUCUGGGCAGUCAUUUACACGGGCGCCGCUGUCAACUUUGCGCGCAAUUUCGGACCUGCUGUCGUCACUGGCUUCAAGUCUGACUUUUGGAUUUACUUUGUCGGCGACGGAAUUGGCUCACUCAUUGCAGUCGCAUUCUAUUCAUUCUUCAAAUAUGUCGACUACUGGGAACUCACGCCGGGCCAAGAUUCGCAAAACAUGGAGGACUCGCCCGAACUGCCUGGCGCGCCGAGCGUCGCCACCACACGCACAAACACGCGUACAAAAUCUAAUGCAGGCUCCAGUCGAUCAGAUGGCGAUAUGGAGAUGCGCAACUACGAAUCACACAACAGCGAGUAUUCGUCCAGAAACCCACUAGAAAAGCGCGGUGGCGGUCGUCAAGCGAGACCUGUUGGCAACGGCAUGCACGACAUGGUCUAAAAUUCAGAUAUGCAUCUUUGUGCGCAUACGCAAGCAGUUUCUUCUUCUUCCGUACACGGUCCGUAUUGGUCGACAUUCCAUCAUGUGUAGACAGGGCAGCUGUUGUAGCAUGAGCAAGGAUAAUGUAUGAAAGUCUUGAGAGC